GGAAGUUUGGAUUUUGUUGUUACACUGGAAGAAAAUGGCUGCUGUGAGUUUUUUUCAUUGAAGGCACUGGAGGAGCGUUUGUUCGUGCUGGUUGCUCUGCACUCUCGAGCUGCGGGGAUGCGCCGAACCGGGGUUUGAAUGGGCUGUCAAUGGACGUGACAGUUUUGGGGUAAGGACAGCAUCACCUCCUGUCACACAGCAACUGGUGGUGGAUCACAAUGCAACAAGUUCUAGAAUAUGCAUUGGAUCGGGCUGAGUACAUCAUCGAAAGUGCUCGACAACGACCGGCUAGGAGAAGGGUCUCCUCCAGCGGGAGGAAGUCUUUAUAUCAGAAACUCUAUGAAUUGUACAUUGAAGAGUGUGAAAAGGAGCCAGAGUUAAAGAAGCUUAGGAGAAAUGUGAAUCUACUAGAGAAGCUGGUGUCACAGGAGUCAGUCUCGUGUCUAGUGGUCAACCUGUACCCUGGAAAUGAAGGAUACACAUUGAUGCUCAGAGGCAAAAAUGGAUCUGAUUCAGAGACAAUUCGGCUUCCAUAUGAAGAAGGAGAGCUACUGGACUACUUGGACGCUGAGGAGCUGCCCCCUAUCCUGGUGGACCUUCUUGAAAAAUCACAAGUGAACAUAUUUCACUGUGGCUGCGUAAUCGCAGAGGUCCGAGAUUACCGACAAUCGGGGAAUGCCAAGACGGCCUCUUAUCAGAGUCGCCAUGUACUGCUGAGACCCACUAUGCAGACCCUGAUCUGUGAUGUCCAUGCCAUGACAAGUGAUCACCAUAAGUGGACACAGGAUGAUAAGCUGCAGCUUGAAAGCCAGUUGAUCCUGGCCACAGCAGAGCCUCUGUGUCUGGACCCCUCUGUCUCAGUCACCUGCACCUCCAACCGGCUUCUCUACAACAAGCAGAAAAUGAACACGCGCUCUAUGAAACGGUGUUUUAAGAGGUACUCACGAGCGGCACUGAACCGGCAGCAGGAGCUGGCUCAUCUUCCUAUGCCGCCCCAGCUCCGACUGCUUGACUACCUGCACAAAAGGAAAGAAAGGAAAUCAACACCUUUUGUGGACCUCAAGAUCUCCAAAGCUGGCAAUUGUGUGGACAUGUGGAAACAGAAUAGCUGCCAGCUAACUGCCCCAGCAGAGGUCGAUGUGGACAAGUACGCUGUGGUAGAGAAGUCGAUCAAACUGGAGGAUUCUCAGCCUACACAGGUUUGGCCUGCGCAGGAUGUGAAAGACGACUAUAUUUUUGAAUGCGAAGUGGGUGGCCAGCCUCAGAGAACAAAAGUCACUAUCUUCCAGUCUGUGGGAGAUCCCCUGGUGUAUGGGAAAAUCUACAAUGCCAAAGACCCUAAAGCAGACGAUGAUGUUUCAGACCUACACCUCAUUCACCCACCAUUCCUCCUUGGUUCAAAGGUAGAUGCUGAACGGUUUUUGGCUCAGUAUAAGGAUGUUUAUGAAACAGAUGUAAAGUGUGAAGUGAAGAUAUUGCACAGCUCCAGCAGUGUGGGAGCCCAGAGCCAGCUCUCGCCUGCCAGGGAGAUAGAGACGGACGGAUACUCGGCGUUGGUCCAGUCCUCAGUGUUAGGGAAGGGAGUGAAGCACAAACCUCCACCCAUCAAACUGCCCUCUGGCUCUGGCUCCACCACCAGCUCCUCAGGUAAUCCCUAUAAUACGCAAGUCCCCAGUGGGCAUCUGAAGUGCCCAACCCCUCCGCCUAAUAAGGGUCAGUCUCUGUCGCGGAAGCACUCCAUUGAGUUGGGCCAGGUCGGCCUACUGUCCCCUGCAACGCUCUCCCCCAUGCAAAGAUCAGGAACCCCCAAGCCAUCCACGCCCACCCCAACCAACACGCCCUGUUCCACGCCGCACCCAGUAGAUGUACAGAGCGCCACACCGUCAGUGACGCCCACCCCACAGGACCUGGCCAUGUCCCAGCAGCCGGCAUUACUUACCCCCUUCGCCCAGCAGCAGAUGGCUCUGCCUGUGAUGACUAUCCCCCUCCCCACCUCCAUCAGCACGGGUACCACCUCCUCCCAGGUCAUGACAAACCCUCCCGGGCUCAACUUCAUCAACGUGGUGGGCCCUGUCUGCAGUCCCCAGACUCUAAUGACUGGCUCUAACCCCAUGCUGGGCUGUAGUCCUGGUACACUGGCGCCUGGGAUAAACCUGAGUGGGAUUUUGCCUCCAGGAGGCCUAAUGUCUAGCACACUGCCUACCAUGCAGCCUGCAGCUCCUGCAGGUGGUCCUUUCGGCCUGAAUAAUACCCAAGGUUUGCGGCCGCUCAAUCUUCUACAGAUCCCUGCGACGCCACUCAUCUUUAACUCUUUGCAGCAGCAGCAGCAGCUCUCACAGUUCUCUCCACAGCAGCAGAGCAGCCAGUCUGCCACCUCCAGCCCACAACAGCAGGGGGAGUCGACUGAACAGGGACUGACCGCGGAGCAGGGCCUCGCCACACAACAGACUGCUGUCAUCAACCUCGCUGGGGUGGGAGGCUUCAUGUCUCCGCAGACAGCAGUGCUGUCCCAGCUGGGUUGUGGUCUGGAGGGCUCUGGGUCCAGCCUGCCAUCCCCGAGGCUGCAGCAGCAGCACCAGCCACAGAUCCAAUUGCAAUUCUUGCAACAUCAAAUGCAGCAGCAGCAGCAAAUGGCUAUGGCGGCGGGGGCGGGGGCUCAGGCAACGCUGCCACGGCAACAUUCCGCCAACCAACCAAGAAGUAAGAGGAAACGCAGCACGCCCCAGCCCCUCCCCAAAUCAUGACUACAGGCUCGAUCCACUCAUCCAGGACACGCCUUUCACUGAGGAAGACACUGUGCUUGGUCAGCAUUUUUCCUGACUGACUGUGACAACCACACGUUCUUUUCUUUCUUUUUUUUUUGACUUUGUAGCUGAGGACGUGGUGUAUCCACUCGACUUCAGGCCAAAUGAUUAUGUACUUUUGAACAAGGAUUUUUAGAGCUUGGGACAUUUAUUUAAGAUCAUAUUUUUUUAAAGAAAGAGAUAUGAGAUGAGAGUCCUCUAGGAACGCUCUCAUUUUCCUUCUUCCUAACGUCCCUUUCUGUGGGAGCCUGCUGGCCCAAUGACGGAUUCUAAAGACAGUCGUACGCGUCCUAAAGAGAGUCCUGCGGACGUGCCUGAAACUCUGCUGGUGAACAAAUUGUGAGAAAUUUUCUGCAGGCUGGAUGGUGAAGGGACGGGCCUUAUUCUCCCAGCAUGCAAUUUCAUGUGCAGUUUUUAUACAGCACAUUUUAAAAUGGCAUUUCGAUGAACCGAAGGGGCAGUCUAUGUAUAUUCUUAUUGGGAGGGGGGGGGGUAAGAAUUCAGGAGCAGGGGUGUGGAAGAAGACAUUUCUGAACACUGAGGCAGAAGUUUUGUAAAUGGUAUUUGUCAGCAGUUUUAUUGUGAUAAAAAAAAGAAAUAUAUAUUGACAGUGAAAAAUACAACUUUUAGAUAAAA